UUGUGUCAGUUUGGUUUCUUCACCUAGGAACAGCCUGUGCGAUCUUGUUUUAGUUUGUCGGACCAGUUGUGAACAAAUUGAACGUUAGGGCAUCAAUAAACCUUAAACAAAUCGUUUGAAAUGCCUACGGAUUUGGACGGUAUCGAAAUACUGGCAUUAGGCCGCCAGUUUAACAUAGGGACACUGUACAAUUAUGUCGACGAUAUCAUCAUACCAAGUAUUCGCUUAUGGGGCCCAGAUGAUGUGUCCGAUUCAGCCGUUGUCGAUGAAACGAAAGAAAAUGCGGAAGUUUUUAUAAAGACGUUCCAGCAAACCAACGAAGAAGACGAGAAUCUUGAAGAAAUAGAAGACCAGGCGCCGUUCCUCUCCAAUUUAGGAAUGGACGAUCACACGGCCAUGAGUUUAAUGGCCGGACUGUUGCGUCCAUCUCUAAAGGGAGCUUGGCAAUAUGCGGCUGAUUGGGUCGAUUCGAAGGACGAAUUAUUUAGCCAUGGAGCUCAUGUGGCAGUCCAUUGCUGCCAUUCUGAAAAAAAUAUCUCUUUCGAUCCUGAGAUUGAAUUGGACAUCGUCUGCCGGCCAGAAAAGCUAAUGCAAAAUCAGGCAACUCACGUCGUCAUUGCAAUCACGUACGGCCUUGAGGCCUUUUGCAUCUUCUCUCAGGGCAAUCAAGUCAACACUUAUGCUCGUAUCUUUAAAGACCAGCUGGUGAACGAAGGUGAAACUUUGGAACCCGAUCAGGACGAAGAAAGGGACGAAGAGGAUGGUGGACAUUGCUCUAUCCCAAAAGACUUGAAAUGCCUUCUCUACAGCGAUCUAGUGGAUAUUCAAGAUGGCAAAAAUUGGACAUUGAAGCCUGUCGCAGAGCAGUACGAAUCCUGCAGGAAAAUACUGGAAAGCGGAACAGAAAAGACCAUCCCGCUGAGAGUGUGGUUGUAUCCACUCAACAAGCUGAUGGCUGUCAAGGAAAGAGUUGCUAAAAUGCCCCAAAAUGUUAAAGAUGUCUCGCGGGAAUUGCUCUUCCGUUGCCAAGUUAUGUUGAGCCGUUUUCAUGGAAUCUGUCUGGAAGCGGAACUGUUGGCUGAAGAAUUGAAAGGACAAGAAAGUCACCAAUGCAUUCCAUCGACAGCCAGCAAAAGAAUCAAGCACUUUAAAGAGUUGAUAAUGCAAUUUCUGCCAACUUUCAUCAAAGCCCUGUCUGUAUGGACUGCUCAAAUUCGUCGUGGAACGGGUCAAGAAAACAAAAUGGCCAAAAUCAUCGAUGCAUUGGAGACCCAGUCACCAUUCAUUGCUGAAAAGCUGAAACACUGGCUCAAUCUACAGAGACAGGAAUUGAAAACUUUAAAGAGUCUGGAUAAAUUGCCUGGUGUGCUUGUUGUGUCGAUCAUGGAACGCCUUGAAAAAGAAAUCAGAAACGGAGGCAAUGGGUCGUACGCCGUCGUUCUUCAUCUGCCCAGUCCGAGAGAAGAAUUAAACUCUUUAGUUAACGAGAUGAAUCGUUAUAUCGACGAUUUUAAUGCAUCUGCAUCAACGAACUGGAUGAUUGUGACAAGGGCAAGUAGCAACCAGCAAACAACAGCGAAGACGACGUCCCCCAUAUUUUGUCAAAUGUUCCCGUCUGGCCAAGAAUUUUCCAACUGGAUUACGAAUCACAAUUCAGAUACCAAGAACGUCCGCUACAUCAUCUUUUACGACGAAUGCACUGAACUAACAUUGCCAUUCACAAGAUUAUACGAGGGCGGCAGGGCAGAGACUCCUCCGUUGGAUUUCACCAUCCCAAAGGCUCCUGGACAAGUGAUGGUUACAAAGAAUCGCCGUGGUGUGAUCGGAUUGCGUUGGACGGCUGAUGAUACGACCGGACUACGCCACUAUCUGGUCCAGUAUCGCGCAGUGGAUGGGCAAGAAGAGCAUUGGCAUUCCGUCCAGAAGUCUGCAAACACAAUCGAAAUUGAUUACCUUCAAUCAGGUGAGACUUACGUGUUCAGGGUGGCAGCAGAGACACUUGGAGGAAGGAGCCCUUUCAGCCCUGUCAGCUGCGAAGUAACAAUAGAUCCAGUUUGUCAGCCACCAACUGGAUUGCAAGCUGAGGAGGUGACUGACACGAGCAUUUCUGUCUCGUGGCAUCAUCAACCUUACUUGGACAAUGAUGACGAAGAUGGCUACUUGUAUAAUGAGGAAGGCGGUUAUAACGACUACCAUGACAUCAGCAAUCAAGAAAUCAUCAUUACCUCUUUCUCUGUCGAAUGCUGGAAGGGCGAUAGCCGUCACGAAUCGACAUUCAUUCAACGAACUACGACGAACAAGAGCAUCGUAUUAGAGCCGCUAGAUCCAGGUGCGACUUACUACGUUCAAGUUAGGGUUGAAUGCAAAAACGCCAGUGGCUCUACUUUCUAUAGCCCGGCGUCAGAGAUUUUGCAAACUUGUACAUUGCAAGAGGCAGAGCGAGCAGCGAUCAUCGUCCGUCGUAACAGCAAAAAAUGUUCCGCUUCGCCUGGAAUUGACGUUUACGAAUUGCCGUUGAAAGAACGUAGCAACGCACAAAUUCAAGGAGUCGGCCAUUACGUUUUCGGUGAGCCGAGUUAUCUUGCACUGGCAGGUAAACGUCGACGAAGAACCAUCUUGGUACUGGGUGCCACCGGAUCAGGUAAGAGUACGCUCAUCAACGCCAUGGCGAAUUACGUACUUGGCGUCGAGUGGGAAGAUGAUUUCCGCUUCAAGUUGAUCAACGAACCAGCAGACAAAUCGCAGGCUCACAGUCAGACGAAUAAGGUAACUACCUACGAUUUUUACGAGAUGAAGGGCUUCCGUUUGGAUUAUUCGCUGACCAUCGUCAAUACUCCGGGAUUCGGUCACACUGGCGGAAUCGAAAGAGACAAGAAAAUUAUGCAGCAAAUACAAGACUAUUUCAAAUGUCCUCACGGGAUUCAGCAAUUAGAGGUCGUUUGUUUCGUCGUCCAGUCGCCGCUCGCCAGAUUGACGGAAACCCAGCAAUAUAUCUUUGACCAGAUUCUAUACAUCUUUGGUAAAGACAUUAAAGAUAAUAUCCGCAUCAUGGUAACAUUUGCUGACAAUGUUUUGCCGCCAGUCCUCGACGUUGUCAAAGAGGCUAAAAUUCCGUCACCCAUCGACCCAAUUACCAAACUGCCACUUCACCAUAAAUUUAACAAUUCCAUUUUCUUCGAGACUAAUAAAAACAGCCGUCAAGUAAAUGAAUACAACCGGACUUACUUUGAGUUGGCCGUUAAAGGUUUCGACAAAUUCUUUGCCGAUUUGAGGAACAUGGAAGCCAAAUCCUUGACGCUAACCCGCGAAGUGCUCGAAGAACGAAAACGACUAGAAGUUCUUGUCGAAGGCCUUCAACUUCGUACCCAAAUCAAAUUGGCACGGAUCGACGAGUUCGAGCAAAUUAAGAAACUGCUGGCAGAGAAUCAACAACAAAUGGAUGAAAACAAGAAUUUUGAUUUUGAAGUCGAGUUUCUUGUUCCAAAGUCGACGGACAUCAGCGGCACGGGCCAGUUCACCACCAACUGUCAAAAAUGUACCACAACGUGCCAUUUUCCUUGUUCGCAAGCAAGUGACGCCGAUAAACAUCGUUGUUCCGUCAUGGAUCCAAAUGGAAUCUGCAGAAUCUGCAAGUGCCCGUGGAACGUUCAUUUCAAUCAAAAGUACAGGUACGAAAUGGUGAAGGAAAAAGUGCAGCGUUCAUCAGAAGCCAUCCGGAAGCAAUACCAAGGAGCCAAAGCCGAAGCACUGACUAAUCAAGAAUUAUUGGCUGAAAUUCAGACGGAGAUUGAUCAAUAUGAAAAGCAGCUGAUGGAGCUGGAGCAGGCUACUUCUCCUUGUAUACAGCGCUUGGACGAGAUCGCUCUAAAGCCUCACACGCUCUCCACACCGGCUUAUAUUGACCUGAUGAUUAAAACUGAGAAACGAGAGAAUCGUUUUGGAUGCCAGCAGAGAAUCAAUACUCUACAAAGACUUCACCAACAAGCCGAGAUGAUGAUCAAACUGGUGAACGCCCAUCAAAUUCUUAAAACGUAGCUUCCGACACCACAGUCCAUGCUGUUGAAAGCUGAUUCUGUCAACAGUUGGUUCUCACCGCCAUCUGCAAUUCGAUUUUGCAACUAAAAGUUAAGAAUAAUUUGGGCUAUACGCCACUGGACUUUGGAACUCUCCGGUUUGACAUGUCAGUAUUCAAAAAAACGAAUUUCUUUGCUAUUUGCCCGUCAUGAAAUAAACGUGGCCUUCACUGUGAGCUAGUCGAUUUAUCAAAUUCGACUUGGCAAAAUUGUGUGGUCAUUAAAUACAA